AUGACAUCAAUCAAGUGUUUGAACUUAUUACCAUGGUACUCUCUUUUGUUUUUAGUGAAUAAAAAAGCCCAUGGUGCCUGCAAGACAUACUUCAUAUCACUACGGGAUUCCGAAAGAAGAAAACAGAACGGGCGAGACAAAGACCAUGCCACAAGAAGCAGACGUCAAAGCAGAAGGCGAGAAAGAGCAAGAAAACUAAAGAGGACUCUGACUAACAUCAGCAGAGACAAACUUGGGGACUUUGACAGGUCAAAGCUGAUGGAGGUGAUGACCCCAGAGUACCUGUCCUCUGAAGAGUCCGAAGAAGAUGAAGGAGGGAAUUUUCUACACUUUAAAGUCCGCCGGCUGCCAUGGCAGAGGGAAACCUUCCAGAGGCUAAAAGACAAACUGGAAGAGGCCCACAAAGAGAGCCUGACCCCCCAGCACAAGAGACAGCUGAAGAAGAGGGUGAUUGAUGAGGACUUCUCUUCAAGAACAGCCCCAGAUGACUGCCCUAAGUUUGUGAAGGACUGAAGAGAUGAAGUGAACUCAAGGACAGCCCGAGGAGACAAUCAUGCACAAAUAAAAGAUUGACUAUUGUAUAUUAUGUAGUCUGUAGGAAUUAAUUUAUUUCAUAUUUAUUGUUAUCAUUUUUGUUAAUUUAUUUUUUAGAAAAGAUGCAAUCUUACAAUAGUAGCUGCCUGUGCAAUUUUAAUAGUAGCUCAUCGUAUUUAUUAAUAUAUAUGUUUAAGAAUUAUAAACUGGUAAUGAAUACUUUUUUUCACAAUAUUUUUUAACUGUGAUAAUUAUUUUCUGACACAAAUCAGACAAAUACAUAUUAUUUAAAGCAAUAUGAGCUGCAACUUUAAAAUUUACCAUUGGUAAAUUAUCAUCAACUAUUUCAAGGAUAAAGAGAAAGAGCAUUUUAUGAACUUCUGUCAUUCAUAUUUGUAGAAGAAAACUAUUUACAAGCUCGUAAUAAUGCAAAUUGACAUUAUUGUCAUUCUGUAAUCUAUAGUUUUCUUAAAUAAUACUACAUAUUUGUUUGCUACAGAGGUCUCUUUUGGAACAGAUUCAUACUUUAUUGUAGACUUAUUGAUCUGAAAGAUUAAAUUACUUAAAAAUUAUCAUGACACAUUUCAAUCAUAGUAAAAUAUAUUUUUUUUUAAAAUGCAGCCCAUAUUGCUCUAAUGUGAAAUCUAUAAAUAUUUGUUUUUGCCAAUGUAUUUAAAGAAACAUGUUUAUGAUUCCUUUUCUCAUCAAUUUUCAUUUUUGAAUUAAUCCAUUGAAGAGAAGUUUGUAUUGC